AGCCGGGCGAGGACCGGGGGCCAGGGCGGCGGAGCAGGGCGAUGGCGCGGAGCCCCGGGAGCCGGUGCGCGCUGCUGCUGCUGCAGCUGUUGCUGAUCUGCUCAGACUUUGGAAAUGGACUUCACUUAGAGGUCUUAAACACAAGAAGUGAAAAUAAACUGCUUCCUAAACGCACUCACUUAGUUCGGCAAAAGCGGGCGUGGAUCACCGCCCCUGUGACCCUUCGGGAGGGAGAAGACCUGUCCAGAAAGAACCCAAUUGCCAAGAUUCAUUCUGAUAUUGCAGAAGAAAGAGGACUAAAAAUUACCUACAAAUACACUGGAAAAGGGAUUACAGAGCCACCUUUUGGUAUAUUUGUCUUUGAUAAAAACACAGGAGAUCUGAACAUUACCAGCAUUCUUGAUCGAGAACAAACACCGUUUUUUCUGCUAACGGCUUAUGCUUUGGACUCAAGAGGAAACAACCUGGAGAAGCCAUUAGAACUUCGCAUCAAAGUUCUUGACAUCAACGACAAUGAACCCGUGUUCACACAGGAGGUCUUUGUUGGGUCUGUUGAAGAGUUGAGUGCAGCAUAUACACUUGUGAUGAAAAUCACCGCAACGGAUGCAGAUGAGCCCAAUACUCUGAAUUCGAAGAUCGCCUACAGAAUCGUAUCUCAGGAGCCCACAAACCCUGCAGUGUUCCACCUGAAUAGAGAAACUGGGGAGAUUUACACAACCAGUGUCACACUGGACAGAGAGGAACACAGCAGCUACUCUUUGAUUGUGGAGGCCAGAGAUGAUGAUGGAAAGAUCACAGAUAAGCCAGUCCAGCAGGCUCAAGUUCAGAUUCAGAUUUUGGAUGUCAAUGACAAUAUACCUGUAGUGGAAAGUGAAAUGUACGAAGGGAUGGUUGAAGAAAAUCAAGUCAACGUAGAAGUUAUGCGAAUUAAAGUGACUGAUGCGGAUGAAAUAGGCUCAGACAACUGGCUAGCAAAUUUUACAUUUGCGUCAGGAAAUGAAGAGGGCUAUUUCCACAUUGAGACUGAUGCUCAGACUAAUGAAGGGAUUGUGACCCUUGUCAAGGAAUUGGAUUAUGAGAAAAUGAAGACUCUGGACUUGAGUGUCAUUGUCACUAACAAAGCAGCUUUUCACAAGUCGGUCAGGGAUAAGUAUAAGCCCACACCCAUUCCCAUCUCCAUCAAGGUGAAAAACGUGCCCGAAGGCAUUCAUUUUAAAAGCAGCACAAUCUCAGUCUGGGCUAGUGAAGGAAUGGAUAAAUCCAGCCAGAGCCGGACCAUUGGAAAAUUUCAAGUUUUUGAUGAAGACACUGGACAAGCAGCCAAUGUAAAAUACGCAAAAGUUGAAGAUAUAGACAACUGGGUCUCUGUGGAUUCUGUCACAUCAGAAAUUAAACUUGUAAAGAUUCCUGAUUUUGAAUCUAGAUAUGUCCAAAAUGGUACCUACACUGUAAAGGUUGUGGCCAUAUCUGAUGAUCAUCCUAGAAAAACUAUCACUGGCACUGUCCUUAUCACAGUUGAAGACAUCAAUGACAAUUGUCCCAGGCUGGUGGAGCCAGUGCAGAAUAUCUGUAAUGAUGCACCAUAUGUGAAUGUCACUGCAGAGGACCUGGACGGACCCAAGAACAGUGGGCCAUUCAGUUUCUCCAUCAUUGACAAGCCACCAGGAACGGCAGAGAAAUGGAAAAUAACACACCAAGAAAGUGCCAGCGUGCUGCUGCAGCCCAGCGAGCAGAAGCUGGGGAGAAGCGAGAUCCCGCUCCUGAUUCUGGACAGCCAGGGCCUCAGCUGCCCCGAGAGGCAGGUCCUGCAGCUCACGGUGUGCGAGUGUCUGCGUGGUGGUGGCUGUGCCGAAGCCCAGUACGACAACUACGUGGGCCUGGGCCCCGCCGCAGUCGCCCUCAUGAUCCUGGCCUUUCUGCUCUUGCUGCUCGUGCCGCUCCUACUACUGAUAUGCCAUUGUGGAGAGGGCGCCAAAGGCUUCACCGCCAUUCCUGGCACCAUAGAGAUGCUGCACCCUUGGAAUAAUGAAGGGGCACCACCCGAGGACAAGGUGGUGCCAUCGCUCCUGGUGGUGGAUCACGAGAAUUCAGGAGUAAGAAAUGGAGUAGGCGGUGCGAUGCUGAAGGAAAGUACCAUGAAAGGAAGUAGCUCUGCUUCCGUUACCAAAGGGCAGCAUGAGUUUUCUGAGGUUGACGGACACGGACGAUGGGAAGAACGCAGGAGCCUCCUUACUUCCGGGACCACUCAUGUUAUAGGGGCAGCAGGAGCCAACACAGGCAGUGAAGCCCUAAGGAUCACAAGAACCACAGGGGCCUCCAGGGACAUGAGUGGAGCUCGAAAAGGUGCUGUAGCAGUCAAUGAGGCAUUCCUAAGAAACUAUUUUACUGAGAAAAUAGCCUCCUAUGCUGAAGAAGAUGACCUCCACAUGGCCAAAGACUGCCUUCUGGUUUACUCUCAGGAAGAAACAGAAUCUCAGCGGGGCUCCAUUGGCUGCUGCAGUUUUAUUGAAGGAGAGCUUGACGAUCGCUUCCUGGAUGACUUGGGACUGAAAUUCAGGACACUAGCUGAAGUCUGCUUAGGUCAAAAAAUCGAUCUGGACAUGGACGUGGAGCAGAGGCAACAGCCUGUCCGAGACGCAGGUGUGAACCCCGAGGCACACUCACACUAUACGCAGACAACAGUUCAUUCAGAGAAGGCCUACUCCUCUGAUGGCAGCUUUCCAGUCCCAAAACCUCGGCGCCAGGCGCAUGCAGACAGAGUCACUCAGGAAAUUCUCACCGAGAGCUCUGUGUCAUCUAGGCAGACUCAGAAGGUAGUGCCACCCCUUCCUGACCCAGUAGCUGCUAGUAAUAUUAUAGUGACAGAAACCUCCUAUGCCACUGGCUCUACAGUGCCACCCAGCACGGUGAUCCUGGAUCCAGGACAGCCGCAGAGCCUUAUCGUGACAGAGAGGGUAUACGCCCCAGCAUCCACCUUGGUGGAUCAGCAUUAUACCAAUGAAGGAAAUGUCUUGGUGACUGAGAGAGUGAUCCAGCCUAACGUGGGUGUCCCUAACCCCCUCGAGGUCACCCAGCAUCUGAAAGAUGCACAAUAUGUGAUGGUAAGGGAAAGAGAGAGUGUCCUUGCUCCCAGCUCAGGGGUACAGCCUACUCUGGUUCCGUCCAGUGUGGCAACAGGACAGAAUGUGACAGUCACAGAGAGAGUGCUGGCUCCUGCUUCCACUCUGCAGUCCGGUUACCAGAUGCCCAGUGAAGCCUCUGUGAAGGCUAGGAAGACAGUGGUUUCCAGAACUGGGUUCCCAGACCCUCUGCCAAAUUUAGAUUCAGAGGAAUCUGGUCAUCCUAAUUCUGCCGUAACCACAUCAUCCACCAGGGUCACCAGACAUAGCACAGUGCAGCAUUCGUACUCAUAAGCAGCAGCCAGCCCCACUCCAACCCAGGUGAACUAGCGAGGACAGAUAAGGUUUUCCAUGUGCCUAGCCUUUCAUAAGCCCCACACAUGCAGACUUGAACACUGAGAAAGGUCACUGAUAUGCCACAGGCCACACUCUCUGAUUCCAGGGCUGCAUUUCAGAAAUGCUCCAUGAUAGACCAAGGGAGGAGGGAAGAAGCUGGCUCCUGAUCUCCUAAGUGCCUUUUAGGGAGCUGCGCAAGCCACAGUCACAGGACAAAGUAAACAGAGGGUAAAACUGGCUUCUGAGAAUUUACCAGAUUAAUUCAGUUUCUAGUUCAUCAGCUGUCCAGGAGAGCAACCCAGGAAAGUGAGUCUCUGCAUAUCAGAUUAAUAUUUAACAUAGAUGUUUGAAACUGGGUCUCUGCAUAUCACAUUAAUAUUUAACACAGAUGUUUGAUACCUGGUAUAUUACGAUACUUAACAUUGGAACCCCUUUUCUUCUUUUGUCUUUUUGAGACAGGGUCUCCCUGUAGCCCCAGCUGGCCUGGCACUAGCUAUGUAGACCAGGCUGACCUCGAUCUCACAGAGAUCUACCUGUCUCUGCCUCCUGAGUGUUGGGAGUAAAGGCGUGCACCACCAUACCCAAAAGCAUUGGAACCCUUUUAAUUUGGGUAAAAUCGAAUUUUAGAACACUGACAUGAUAAAGAUAUGUACUGUGCAUUUCUGUGCUCUUGACAUACAUGUACAACAUGUCCUGUGAUCUCAGAAAUGACAUAGUAUUUCCCCUUGUCUUUCAACAGUCAUGAAAAUUUGGGUGCUUCAAAUUCAGCUAAAUAAAUAAUCCAGGAUAAAAGUCACAAAUAUAAAAUAAUUUUUACUUAGUAUGGUAAUAUUUUAUGAAGAAAAAUUCAGGGUGUAUUUUUUUCUUAG